CUCAAAGAUGGUGGACUCUCUGACAACAGAUCAGGCCAAACGAAUUGCAGAUUUGCCGAAGCAAUCUGCCAGGCUAAAAUUAGCCAAAUAUCUUAAAUGGAAGAUGGAUGAAUUUGAUGAGGAGCUCAAUAUGAGAGAAUCCAUUCUCUUAGAUUAUUACUAUGACAACAUAAUCUUUGCCGUUAAUCAGGGAUUUCCAUGGAGUCAAGUUUGUGAGAUAUUUCAACUGUCAAAAGAAAUACACAAAGAAACCAAAGGACUUGCAUUACUAGAUGCGAUCAAGUUAUACACCAUCAUUUCUCAGAAAUACAGUUCUACAGUUGGUGAGAACAACUUGAAAAUAUUCACCACAUAUUUCUUCCAAACAUUCAUGCAACAUUACAAAUUGUAUCAGUUCGUCUUCACCAAUGAACGUGAGCCCAUGAUCACCCAGUACAAGUUACAUGUUAACACUCCCUCAGAGUGUCUACCAUUCAAGCAAGGAAAAGAAUUCCUUGUAUGGGACUAUGAAAAAAAAAUACAUGAUAUGGAGGUGAAGGACAGGGAGAAAAAAGAGGAAAUACUCAAGAAACGUGCAGAUUUGUUUUCUCUCAGGAUCAAGUUCUGCAGGGUCCAUUUCAAGAGGUGGAUGCUGAUACUACACUGGCAAGAGAGGAGAUUGAGAAGCUUAUUGAUGAAGCAACACUUGCACACUCAAUGAUAACGCAGAAGAACAUAGAAACCAGGAUAGAAGAGAAGCAUGAAACCUUAGAUUACAUGUUUGAAAAGAUGGCAUUGCCACGACCAGCAGCGAUGGGUCCUCCUCCAAGAAUCAAGUCACCAACUAGGAGUUCUGCCAAGAGUAGGCAGAGUACUCGUGGUGGUAAUAAGACAGCCCUGUCCGAUAGUGUCAAGUCCCGGGCUCAAUCUAAAUCAUCACUGCGUGGAAAGACACCAAAAACAUAGAUAUAGUUGUGGAACAAUGAAGUACAUGGUCUUGCUUUUGAAAGCACUACUAAAACAUCUGCUGCAUGUGCAAAUCUUUCUUCUAGCACCAUGCUUUCAAUAGCUUCUUUAAACUUCCGUGUGCAAUUAACUGUAACAUCUAAACUCACCAUCCUGGUGGAUCAUCUUUAUAUUCAAUAACUAUUAUCAUGCACUAACAAAAAGACCUUGAAUAAGUGCUCCAUUGUUCCACAAGUAAGGUGUCUGCCUACUCCUAGGGAUUUUCUAGUUUGUGACAAAGUAUUUGGAAAAACUUAAGUUUAAGUGUGUGAAAGUCAAGUUAUUUAAUGAACCAUACACUUUUAAAGUUUAAUAACACCCAUACUUUAUGGCCAUCUUCACAAUAUAACUGCUUUUUAUAGUAGUCUCUGUUUCAGACAGUCAGAAAUCAGGGACUAUUACUUUGGUUUCUGUCUGUCCAUUCAGACAUGCUUCGACCGAUCACAUUAAAAUUUAACACACAAACCAUGUAUUAUGACUUACUUACGCAUAUCAGUUUUCGUUACCACUUUAUCAAGACUGGCUAAAUUCUGAUACUUGUCUGGGGCUAUUCCUUUGAGACAAUAUCAUUUUUUAGCUCCGCUGUCAACGAAGUC